CAUCAUAGUGCAAUUCUGUUAUUCUGACGUAAAUAUGUUUGCCUGUACAAAAUUGAAGCAGUUAAGUGCAAAAGCGAGAUCGGUGUCCAUAAAUCCAAUAACUGAUCCAGUUCAACAUUCGGAAGGACCUUUCUGGCACACGAACACUCAAGAAUUGUACUUUGUGGAUACUUUCAACGGUACGCUCUGUAGAUGGAGUUACAAGGAUAAGAAAACACAGUCUUAUCAUCUAGAAAACCACGAUUCAGUAGGCGUUAUCAUUCCAAUCAAAGAUAAAAAAGACUACUUUCUUGUCGCUGCUGAUAGAAACGUGUAUAAUCUGUAUUGGCCGUCAGAUGAUAAUGAAAAUGAGGCGAAAUUGGAGCAUCUGAUUACCGUAGACGAAAGUAAACCUAAAAAUCAGUUUAAUGAUGGAAAAGCAGACUCAAAAGGAAGACUUUGGCUAGGAACUUUAACUCGAAAUGGUGACUUGUCAGUAGCCCCGGAAGGUGGUUCGCUCUACAAAAUAUCAGGAUUCGGAGACAGUCUGAUGGCUGAAGAAAUGGAAAGAUCACUGAGCAUAAGCAACGGAUUGGAUUGGUGUCCCGAGUAUAAAAAAUUGUACCACAUCGACAGUCAGACACGAAAAAUUGUGGCUUACGAUUUUGAUGAACAGAGUGGGCAGAUUCAAAAUAAGAAAAUUAUUUUCGAUAUGGCGGAUCAUCCAAAUCUAGAAGGCAUCCCUGAUGGAAUGACAGCUGAUGGGUCGGGAAACUUGUGGAUUGCACUUUUUGGCGGGAGUGCGAUAAUCAAGAUCGAUCCCAACAAAAGCAUCCUGUUAGAAACAAUCGAAAUGCCAGUAAAGUAUUGUACCUCCGUGUGUUUCGGAGGCCCAGAUUCAGCGAAUUUGUUCGUCACAACUUCACGUCUAAAACUGAACGAGAAAGAAGUAUCGGAAACUCCUAAUGCCGGAAGUGUAUUUGCAAUAUCUUAUUUGGGCGUUAAAGGAAGGAUUGUGCACGAAGCCAUCAUUUGAACAGCCACCGAUAAGCCUAAAUGCCAGGGCACCGCUGCUGCUACGAGGAUACCAAAGAAACUUUGUAAAUCUGAUUUUUGAACUGCCUAAGGUUAGUAGAGUAUGCCGCAAGCGAAUUUAGUAAUUUCAAUAAGUCCAAUAAAUCUAUAGUUUCCUUUCGUCGGUGUAUAUGUUCCGGCUCCUUGAUCAUAAAUUUGAUGACCUGUAGUCAUAGAAACAUUUUUUCUUAGUUGUUUGAAUUUCAUAACCCCACAUUCCCGACUACAACAAAGGAAGCACAAUAUUGUGAACGUUGUUAGACCUAGUAACCGGCACGGGUAUUACGUAUUUUGAAAAGUAACAUUUUGUCAGUGUCAGAAAGUGUCUGCGAGGCUUAAGUCUAAGGGCAACAGAUCCAGCUGGAAUAACGGUAAAAUGUGAAAUAAAUAAUGUGUUUGAUUUAUAAAUAGUUACUUUAUUUACUCGAUGUGUUAAAUAAACAGCCACCCCUUCUACACAACUGAAUAUCUGCUUUCUAUUUUUUAUAAUAAAUACACGAAAAGUGUAAAAUGUGAAUAAUAAUCGAAUGUAUAAUACAUAAUACUUCAAAAUUGGGCAUAGCAGCAGGAAAGAUGUAAAAAUUACCGGAAUCUCUGAUAAGCACAGAAAAUAAAGUUUUCGUUUUCAAAACAUUCUAGUUCAGGUUUUCUCUGUUCGUGAACCAUACAAAAUACUAAAGGUAACUAAACAGUUUUGUUAUCGACUUUCUUAUAUUCUUAUCGAGCGCUUCAGUAGUUGUAUGCC